AUGGCUAGCAAGGCGGAGAAAAAACUAGCAGCGGACCUUCUGACGAGACGACGAGCGUGUGCCGAACGAGAUGUGGUGGAGAAGUUUGUAGCGGAUUUCACUUAUGAACGAGAUUGUUGCCAGGUUGCGGUACGUUUGGAGGCGCUCAACAAGUGCAACGAGUUGUUCCUAAACGUGCAGAACGACAUCGAAAUGGGCGAUAGCGAAGAACGGUUUGAAACACACCUAGAAUUCCGUGCUGAUUUUGAGGAUCGAUUCUGCAGGGCGAAGGGUUUUUUGCUGUCCAAACUGGAGAGUAGGGAGCAUCCGUUGAGUUCGACGAUCAUCCACGCAUCGGCUUCUCAUAGCAUGUCUUCCAGCUUUCAUCAUCGUCUGCCAAAAAUCGAUUUGCCGAAGUUUAGUGGAGAUGAAUCGCGCUGGAUCUCGUUCCGUGAUAAUUUUCUCUCGAUGAUCCACUGCAACGAGGACAUACCGAUCGUCAACAAGCUGCAGUAUCUGUUGCAGUCGCUGGAAGGAGAGGCAAGGAAACCGUUCGAGUCUGUGGAUAUCCAAGCCGAUAAUUAUUCGUCGACGUGGGACGCGCUUAAGAAGCGUUACGACAACAAGCGGUUCCUCAGAAAGGAGCUUUUCCGUGGCCUAUACAACCUUCCACCGAUACAGCACGAGUCCGCACAAGACCUCAACACACUGGUUGAUGAUUUCCAGCGACACGUUAAGGCUCUGGGAAAACUAGGGGAACCGAUCGAGUAUUGGGACACUCCACUUAUCUUCAUCUUAACGAACAAGUUGGACUCAGCAACGAUUCGCGCAUGGGAGCAGGAUACUCGACAGAAAGAAGAAGUGAAGUACGACGAGCUCAUCGAGUUUCUCAUCCACCAGGUCCGGAUGUUGAAAUCCGUGGACAGCGAUCUCCAGCAUCGUUCCUCAGUGCCCACCGUUUCCAAGGUGGCCGGACAAAUCCCGAAGAAACUAGUUACCAUCCGAUCUGUCGUGAACGCAGCGACAUCCGAAACUCAAUCCAGCACUUCGCAAUGCCACUGUUGUUUGAGAACACAUCCGCUUCACCAAUGUCCAGCAUUUUCGAACCUGUCAAGCUCCCAACGGCGAGAGCUUGUGACACAGCACAGCCUUUGCUGGAAUUGCUUUCGCGCAAACCACCAGGCAAGAUCCUGCAAGUCCAAGUUUCUGUGCAGGAUUUGCCAAGCGAAGCACCAUACGAUGUUGCACGACCCAGCAGCACCACCGAAUGAGUUCUCACCCGAGAGAUCUCAUCUCAUACAAGUGAAUCCAGGUCCGAGCGGUUCACUCAGCCCACCAACGAUAAAUCUAUCCGUGCAUUCAAAUUCAACGGUUCUAUUGGAGACAGUUGCGCUGUUAGUAGUCGACCGAUAUGGCAGAAAGAUCCAAGCACGAGCUCUUCUAGAUUCCGCAGCAAUGUCCAACUUUAUUACCAGGAAGCUGGCGAACGAGCUCGCCACCCUACAAACUCCCGUGGACAUCGCAGUUGCCGGAAUUGGAGAGUCAGUCAAGCGCAUCAGAAAAAAGUUAGCUGCCAAGAUCGUAUCCAAGAACAGCGACUUCUCCACCACACUCGAUUUCCUCGUCAUGAAGAAACCAACAUCAUAUCUCCCCACGUCCCCGAUCGAUACAACUGCCUGGAAAAUGCCAAAAGUUCCCUUGGCGGAUCCUCAGUUCAACGUUCCAGCAACAAUCGACAUGAUCAUCGGUGGAGAAUGUUACCAUGAGUUCCACACGGGCGUACGCCACUCUCUUGGUAAUAAUUCUCCGUUUUUGGUGGACACCCUCUUCGGCUGGACAGUUUCUGGCAAAGUUGAUUCCAGCUCCACCACCGCACCGCGAGCGUGCUUCCUCUCCACCGUUGAUCAAACCCGAGAAACGAUCCCUGGGGAGUUCCGGCCAAUGGAAACCCCCGAUGGGUGUCAGAAAACAGAAGCUCAACCCUCCACCACUCAAAUCCACAAAGAAGGAUGCUUCGCCCGCCAUUCCCGGCCCAAUAAUCCAAAAACCACCCUUGGAGAUUCUCGCACAAAGACCACACACCAAAACUCCACCAGAGAUACAAGCCACAAGAUACCUGAAAACACCACCCAAACCAGAAAUAUGCACAACAGCGAUCCUGUUGAGGACGAAUCACACUGCUAUCUGCCACAUCACCCGGUGCUCAAGGAAGCCAGCAAAACCACCAAUGAACGCGUGGUAUUCAACGCAUCCUGUGAGCACAAUUCAGGGUACGCGCUCAAGGAUACGCUGCUCGUCGGUCCCGUCGCUCAACUCAGCCUGCUGUCCAAUACUCCUCUAAACACCUCCAAGGUCAUCGACGAAGGAAAAGACGCUGUCUGUGGAUCCUCCGGCUGCGCUGUCCAUUUGGCCAAGCAGCCCUCUGUUACCUGUCUGGAGCUAUACGCACCUGUUCUGCCAACGGAAUCGUUCCGGACACCCCAUCGGUCAAAGCCGCCACCGCAUCGUUGGAGAACUGUCGGUACUAAGCAUGUAACUGCUAUCCAGAUGGAUACAUAUGAACUCAGUUGGAGACACGUUCCGCAAGUGCACAUCGCAGCCAGCGAACUAUCCAGGAAUUUACAUGCCUUCAACUUGCCCGAAAAACCUGAUUGGUGUUACGACCAUGCAUGGCAAUCGUCGUUGUUGGAAAACUUGCCCUGUUCCGCCACCUCGCGGUCACUCGAUCGCUCUACAAGACUUCAUCCAGGUCGAGAUGGAGUCAUUCAGUUAGCCAAGCGAGAUUGCCAUCUUAUUGACCGCCAGCAAUCAACAGGUCAACGUGACAACCCCCGACAACUAGUACAAGCUACAAAGACCGGUAGAGCACGCCGAACGUGCUCAACGCGCUUAUAG